CGACCUGCCGCCUGCCACAUCUGGAGACGCUUCCCAACACGAGAAACUUCAACUUUUGCAUUUACUCUGCGCAGAAACACAGACUUGUCUAUCCGUCAGGGUGAAUUUGGCUUUCUCUUGGUAGUAAGUAGAGAUUCUUGAAGUCACGUUGACGUCUCUGUCUUUCUCUUAGGGUUUUACAUCACCGUUGGUAAAGAGAGCCCGAUUAGGAGUUUCAUACAUUCAGCUGCUGUUUUUCUGCCAUGCUAGAUGUUAUAGUUGAACGCGGUUUCUGGAAAUAACGUAAAAGACACAUUUUACAUGCUGGGUUUUCGUAAUGCGUAAAAAAAGGAGCCAGGGAAAGUUAAAGUGCCUCAAUGUAUUAAUUGAGUUGAUGAAAAUCAUGCAAAUCAAGUAAACAAAUACAUGAAAAGUUAAUAAUCUCACGCUCUGGUCUGUCACGAGACUGUUUUUAUUGUUAAAUGCUGUGAGUAUACCCUGUCUGAGACCUUGCUGCUUUCACUGCACGAUAUAGGCUACGUAGAUGGUGACAUGAAUCAGAGGGAAUCAAACAGGGAAAAUCAACAGCGACCAGUGAUGGAGUGAUAGCCUACAUGUCGAGCUUGUUUUGUCCAACACUGAUCUAACACUUGGAAGAGAAGACUGGAAUAAACCAUAAGGCGCACAGCUCCAUACUGAAGUGUUUAAGUUAGUCUGAGGGGAAAUUUAAAAGACCUAAAAAUACAGCGUUGGUUUCUUCCCUACAAAGAAUCAUUUGAACUUCCCACCGCAGAGCGAGAGCGACAUAAAUAGUUCUGACAUGUGGAUGUAAUUUCAGACGAGGAAAAAAGACAGAUGCAGAGAAAUAAAGAGCGGGCUGAGCCUGAGAAUAUAGUAGAUUAUAGGAAAUUAAAUCGAGGGCAGAGCGAGGCGAUUACUGAGUUAUGAUUUCACAAGCCGCCAUAGGCAUCGAGAGGCCAGAUGGAGUAAAAAAAUACAACUCGCUCCACUUUGAAGAGAGUUAAGUAGCUUAAAUCAUUUCAUCCGACCAUCAUCAGCGUCUGUUUGAGCCCCACAAGGACUCUUGGAGGUAGAGUUGCCUCAGGUCAGGGAUGGGAUCCGCUCAGCUGUUCCACAAUCUGGACUUUCUUCUCAUCUCACUACUCAGCAGUUUAUGUCUGGUUUAUGCAGAUGAUGUACUGACUAAAGAGGAACAGAUAGGCCUGUUGUUCAGAGCCAAACGGAAAUGUGAAGGAUAUAUCAAGUCAAAGCACAAGAUUCCUGAUGGUUUCUGCUCACCAGAAUGGGACGGUAUUGUUUGUUGGCCUGAAGGGCCUCCGGGAAAGCUUGUAUCCACCUCCUGUCCAGACUAUAUCUAUGACUUCAACCAUAAAGGACUAGCAUACCGUCGGUGUGACAACAACGGAACGUGGGAGCAGGCCACAACCAACAAGACAUGGGCCAAUUAUAGCGAAUGUGCAAAAUUCCUCUACCAUUACAACCAUAGCCAUGAAAAGGAGGUCUUUCACCGUCUAUAUCUCAUCUACACAGUGGGAUACUCCAUCUCUCUGGGAUCACUCAUGGUGGCUGUCGUCAUCUUGGGAUAUUUCCGACGAUUACACUGCACAAGGAACUACAUCCACAUGCAUCUAUUUGUGUCCUACAUGCUAAGAGCUAUAAGUAUUUUUGUGAAAGAUGUUGUGCUCUACUCUGGAUCAGCCUUAGAGAACAUGGAAAGAGUCACAGUGGAAGACCUCAAGUCCAUCACUGAGGCUCCGCCAGCCAACAAAACACAGUUUAUUGGCUGCAAGGUGGUUGUGACCUUGUUCAUGUACUUUCUGGCGACCAAUUACUACUGGAUCCUUGUGGAGGGUCUGUAUCUCCACAGCCUCAUCUUUAUGACCUUCUUCUCAGACAGAAAGUAUCUGUGGGGAUUUACUUUGAUUGGAUGGGGAGUACCAGCUAUGUUUGUGACAGUUUGGGCAACUGUGAGAGCCACAUUUGCAGACACAGAGUGUUGGGACUUAAGUGCAGGCAAUUUGAAAUGGAUCUAUCAAGUGCCUAUCCUGGCGGCUGUAGUGGUCAAUUUUAUGUUAUUUCUGAACAUCAUCAGAGUCUUGGCAACUAAACUACGAGAAACGAAUGCUGGAAGGUGUGACACAAGACAACAGUACAGGAAACUGUUGAAGUCCACAUUGGUGCUGAUGCCACUCUUUGGUGUCCACUACAUCAUAUUUAAUGCCAUGCCAUACACAGAGGUGUCUGAAGUUCCCUGGCUGAUCCAGAUGCACUAUGAAAUGCUGUUCAACUCCUUCCAGGGAUUCUUAGUGGCAAUAAUAUACUGCUUUUGCAAUGGGGAGGUGCAAGCUGAGAUCAAAAAGUCUUGGAGCAGGAGGACUCUGGCCCUAGACUUCAAAAGAAAAGCUCGGAGCGGCAGUAACACCUACAGCUAUGGACCUAUGGUAUCACACACCAGUGUUACCAACGUCACUGCCAGAGGACCGCUGGCCCUCCACCUCACCACGAGGCUGGGGCCGGUGCCUGUGAACGGGCACCGGAACCUCCCCGGGUACGUGAAGAAUGGCUCUGUCUCAGAGAACUCUAUACCUUCAUCAGGACAGGAGCUUCACAUUCCUGACGAGGAGAAUUCAGCUCACACGCGGCCCUGCGAGGACGAGAAACCCUCACCUGUGGUGGAGGAGGAGAGGGAGACGGUUAUGUGACCUCCAGGACCGCUGUGUAUAGAGAUGAAAACGGGAGGAAAAAACAAGUCAUGAAACAGUCUCAGGGUGGUCUGGAGGGGAUGGCUGCAUACUUCAACACUGCCAGUUUUAUCUCCUGUGAAUCGAGCCAGAACAUUGCCGACUGAUGAGUUUCUAAGGCAAAAAGGGUGUAUCACUUUUGUGAGCUGGCCAGCCCUUUUUUAAGGAACGAUGACCCUCGUUGUUGUGGCAGCUCUACUCCCACCUGCCACAGUGAAUGUGUAAAAGCAUGAAAACAGACUGCCGUUUCGUAUUUCUUUUUCACUGCCAUAACUGUUAUCAUGUUUUCUGUUUGCUUUUGUGCAUUCAUCGAAUCGGGGUUAGUUAUAGUAGUUACCAGGAACAGCCUUAAUCACACGUGUGGGCAAUUUUAACAGAAAGUAUUCGGAUUAAGCCAGCGUUAAGUAGACAAUGCGUUGGCUCGGAUUAAAUAAUUAUUAAUGCUACUAUUUUGAGGCAUCUGAUCAUGCUUUCUGGCAUGGUAUCUCAUCUGUUCUGCAUUGACUUAAAUCCACUUCAGUGUAAAAGGGAAGGUACUCAGGUAAUUGAAGCCCUCUGUUGUUGCACACCUAAUUUUAUACUUUUUUAAGUGGUGUUUUAGCAUGGUGAGCAUUUCUCUGAGGGUAUUGCUUUGUUAUAUAAGGCUGUGUUAAAUAUUCUUUUUCAAAAUGUACAGUUUUUGUUGAUUAGAAAAGCCCAGUAUUCAUCUCUCUAAUUACAACAGAUUAUGAAGAGUUCAAAUGAUUGUUUCUCACACACUCUCACACACACACAUACACAUACAUACGCAACAUGAUGCCAAAGUAAGAAUAUUUCUGUGAAGACUCUGUCUCUCUCCUCGGGUUCAGUGUUAGUUGAGGCAAAGAAGAACUUUAUUGAAAUCUGACAAAAAAAAACGUAUCAUAUGUUCUCACACAGUUUUCAAAGGAAGAGACCCUUUAAAAACACAGGGUGCAGGAAAUGGUUAUAUUUUCCAGUGGAAUGUUAAUUAAACGAGGAAUCCAAGAAAAUCUCAAGUUCUGCUGGAAUUCCAAGGGUGACAUUUGUGGUGGUUAUGAAGUUCAACUCAAAAAUGAAUAACACAGUAAUCUUUACAGACAGUCUGGUGGUAUGCUGCUUUUUGAUGUAUAUAUACAAGUCACAAUGUUUACAAAGAACAGAAAUACAUUCUAAUUGUGAGCUAAUAGUGUUCAUGCGUAUGUUAUAAAGCUAUGUUUCAAUGUA